AUGCCCAGAGCAGUGGCGGGUACGUUGGUCCAGUGUGAUCCUUCCAUCAAAGCACUCAUCUUGCAAAUUGACUUAUCGAGACCAGGUAUCUUGGUAGAAGAGUUAAGUGAUACGCAUUUGCUCAUCAAUAGCAGCGAUAUUCAAUAUGUCAAGAACGAGUUGAACAGACUACUUUCCAAAAAUAUCUACAAUCCAUUUGAUGAUGCAUGA